GUUUAGAAAAAAAAAAAUGAAACACUGGAGCUUUUAAUGCCUAGUAUCGGUUAAAGUUUGGAACCAGAAGCUCUCAUUUAUAAACUACUUUGUUAAAACAAAAAAUACAAUGACAAUAUGUAAUAGUGGUACAGGUUUCUGUUGGUGCUAGUUAAAAUCUCUGAAGUUCCUGAGGUGAUGAGGCACAUAAUCAGACUCCCAUUUUUGUGUUCAAACUCAAGCUAUAAGCUUGUUGGAUCUCAAUUUUCCACGCAAAAAAUUUCCCGCUGUUCAAGCGUCGCUAAAUCGUCUAAAGUCUCUCGUUCAAAGAAAACCCAGUUGCAGUCUCAAGCAGAAAAUGGUAAUGUCAAUUCCCUCUUCAAGGAGAUUACCGAAAUUUUUGGAGCUGGCGAUAUAAUUCCUAAUAGAACCCCAUCUGGAAUCUUAAUGUCGAAAGAAUGCCAUAGGAGGAGUAAUGAAUUGAAUGAAGAAUUAAAGUCUUGCACAAAAGGUGUUUGUGGAAAUGUCGAGCUGAACAAUGUGUUGCAAGGCAAGGAGAGUUUAUUGGCUUUGGACGAUAACCAGAUUAGAAAUUCGGAUGAUAUUGAUGUUAGUCCUCUAGUUCAUGAAAUUACCGGGAUUGUACGAGAAGAAAAUGGCACAGUUUCCAUGGAGGAGAGGUUAGAGAGUCUAAAGUUUCGGUUUGAACCAGAUAUUGUUGAGAAAGUAUUGACACGAUGCUUUAAAGUGCCACAUUUAGCUUUUAGAUUUUUCAAUUGGGUUAAAAUGAAAGAUGGUUUUUGUCACACUACUAAGAUUUAUAAUUCCUUGCUGUAUAUAGCUGGGGAAGCGAAAGAAUUUAAGGUAGUGGAUGAUUUGGUGGAGGAAAUGGAGAACUUAUGCAAGAUGGAUAUUAGAACUUGGACUAUUCUUAUCUCACAGUUACGGAAGGUGAAACUUAUUGGCAAAGCUUUGUUGUUCUUUGAGAAGAUGAAGAAAUCUGGGUUUGAACCUGAUGAAAAAAUUUACAAAAUUAUGGUUCAUCUGCUUUGUGAGGGCGGGAAAGGUGAGAUUGCCUUGGAACUCUAUAAGGAGAUGAUUCAAAGGGAUAUGAAACUUGAUUUAAGUUCGUAUAAGGUGUUAUUAAAUAGCAUGGCAAAGUUAGGAGAUGUUGGUGCUGUUAACUUGAUUGCAGAUGACAUGAUUAGGGUUUCCCAAAUCUCAGAGCCUGAUGUUCUUGUUUGUAUGCUGAAGAGCUUUUGUGUGGCUGGGAGAAUUAGAGAAGCUUUAGCAUUGAUUCGUGACCUCAAGAGUAAAGAGAUAUCAAUUGACUAUGAAUAUUUUGAGAUCUUAGUGAAAGGACUCUGCAGGGCUGGUAGGAUUGCAGAUGCUAUGGAAAUUAUUGAAAUUAUGAAGAAAAGAAAUUUUGUUGAUGCAAAGGUUUAUGGGAUUAUCAUCAAUGGGUACCUGAGGAGAAAAGAACUUUCGAAGGCACUUGAGCUAUUUCAAUGCAUGAAAGAAUCUGGAUGCCAACCAACUACUUCCACCUAUACAGAGUUAAUGCAACACCUGUUCAACUUGAAUCAGUAUAAAAAAGGAUUGGAGCUGUAUAAUGAGAUGCUGGAAAGAGGAAUUAAGACAGAUAGUGUAGCAAUCAUGGCAGUUGUUGCUGGUCAUGUUCGUCAAAACCAUAUAUCAGAAGCGUGGGAAGCAUUCAAUACCAUGGAGGCUGAGGGAAUCAAUCCCACUUGGAAAUCUUAUUCCAUAUUUAUCAAGGAGCUUUGCAAAGUUUCAAGAACAGAUGACAUUUUGAAGGUUUUGUACAAAAUGCAGGCUUCCAAGAUAUUCAUUAAUGAUGAAAUUUUCAAGUGGGUUAUAGCUUGUUUGGAGAAGAAGGGAGAGAUGGACAAUGUUCAAAUAGUGAAGCAGAUGCAAAGAAUCCAUACACUUGACUCUAUAGAAGACAAGGUUUCCAGGGAACAGAAGCUGCAGGUGGAACAAAACCAUAACCAAUCAGAGCCCUUGAUAGAUCAUCAAUUGUUGAAGCCACUUCCAAAGGGUUACAAUGGGCAAGAUUUGCAAGAAAUUUGUCGGAUAUUAUCAUCCUCAGAUGAUUGGUGCAUGAAGCGAGAAGCUUUGGAGAAAUGCACUGUUCAAUUCACACCAGAACUAGUUUUGGGGGUGUUGCGUAAUUGCAGCAUGCACGGCAAUGCAGCAUUACAUUUAUUUUCAUGGGUAGGAAUGCAAACUGGAUAUCACCACACAACAGAAACAUACAACAUGGCUAUGAAAAUUGCGGGACGUGGGAAAGAUUUCAAACACAUGAGAAGCCUUUUUUAUGAAAUGAGAAGAAAGGGCUGCCUAAUAACACCAGAUACAUGGUCAAUCAUGAUAAUGCAAUAUGGUCGAACUGGUCUAACAGAAAUUGCUCUAAAGAUUUUCCAUGAGAUGAAAAAUGAUGGUUGCAAACCAACUGGUAGUACCUACAAAUAUUUGAUCAUCUGCCUUUGUGGGAGAAAAGGUAGGAAAGUUGAUGAAGCCAUUAAAAUAUUCGAGGAGAUGAUUCGUGCAGAAUAUAUCCCUGACAGGGAAGUGGUGGAAACAUAUCUGUGUUGUUUAUGUGAAUCUGGUAAACUGUUAGAAGCAAGAAGGAGCAUAGAUUCUCUGUGUAAAGUUGGUUUCACAGUUCCCCUUAGUUAUUCCUUGCACAUUAGGGCUCUUUGUCGAGCAGGAAGGUUGGAAGAAGCUUUAUCAUUGCUCGAUGAGGUUGGGGGAGAACGAGCUACAUUGGAUCAAUAUGCCUAUGGAACCCUUGUCCAUGGACUACUUCGAGAGGGACGACAAGAACAGGCAUUGGCCAAGGUGAAUUCCAUGAAACAGGCAGGCAUUCAACCGACCGUCCAUGUAUACACAUCUUUAAUAGUUCAUUUCUUUAAGGAGAAGCAAAUUGAAAAAGCUAUGGAAAUUUUUCAGGAAAUGCAACAGGAGGGCUGUGAACCGACGAUUGUUACACAUUCGGCAUUGAUUCGCGGUUAUAUGAACAUGGGGAGAGUUGAUGAUGCUUGGAAUGUCUUUAAUUGUCUUAAACUGAAAGGACCUCUACCUGAUUUCAAGACCUACUCAAUGUUCAUUUCAUGUCUUUGUAAAGCAGGUAAAUCUGAAGAAGCCUUGCGGCUUAUAUCGGAAAUGCUGGAUGCUGGGAUUAUUCCUAGUACUAUUAAUUUCAGAACUGUCUUUUAUGGCUUAAACAGAGAAGGUAAAUAUGAUUUAGCUCGGACUGUAUUACAGCAGAAAUUGACUUUAAGAAGUAAACGCAAGUUCUUAACAUAAUUUCUAUUUCUUGUUUCUUAAUUGCUUGUAUGUUCUACUUAUUGCAAUGAAAUAGAUGAAAUUAAAGAAAA